AUGCCUUUGCUGGAUGACACGCUAGGGGCUGCAUUCCUCGGGAUGCUUGCCGCUGCUAUGAUCCUCGACACGAUACAUAGGGCCUUCACCGCCCAUGGGCUAUACCUCUACCUCAUUGCGAACUUUGGCAACUUCCAAGUUAUCCUAUAUCCGACGUGGUCGAUGCUUGCUCCGGGGGUAUACCUUACUUCAACGUGUCCGCUCCGGCCUCCGGCCUCCGCCCCCGUCCCCGCCCCUCCCACACCACACACCAAACGUCUCUUCGUCUCCUCCGGCCUCCCAAGCCCUCGCUCCCCUCCUUCCCUUCCCUUGGCAAACUCCAACUCCAACUCCAACUCCAACUCCAACUCCGCGCCGCUCGACUCGGAUGCCAACAUACCAAAACCACCAACACCACCACUCGAGCAUGUCCGACGCAACGGCGGUCAUCUGAGCACCUGCGCCGUGUAUCUCAUCGAGCUGUGUCUGCGCUGUUCCCUUCGAGCCCACACUCCCUCCGACGGGUGUCAGCCCCGCCCGCCCAUCGCGGAGCACAUUCCUCCCAGAUCCCGUCGCUUUCUUCGCCCUCCUCGCGCCCCUCCCCUUCCUCCUGUCUUUUAUUCCCAACCAUCUUCCCACCCUCUCCUUCCGCCCUCCCACCCUCUCCUUCCGUCCUCCCACCCUCCUUCAUCCCGCCCUCCUCGCGCCACUUCCUCACUCCCCUUCUUCGCCUCCCAGACCUUGCUGACCCGCCCCUUUUCCCUUCCUAGUUCCCGUCUUCCCACAGUGUCACCCCCACUGUACUGUCAACAGCUGGACGCCCCGGAGGGUCUCAAGCUUAAGCUUGCCUUGGUUGAUUGGUCGAUUCAGUGA